AGCUGAGUUUAAAGUCGAGUCAGCAAGUUUUAAAACAAUGCUCAUCUUAUUAAAAUUUCAUUAUCUUAAAAAACAAAGAGUAUGAUUCACCAGUCUUCUAGAGCAUAUCAAUAUAAUUUCUCAUGUGCAAAUUUUUUAAUGUGUUAUGCCCACUACUGAAUAUCUAGAGUUUUUGGACAUUUGUGUCGUGCACCAAAUGGAGUAUCAAAAAAAGGAUGUACAUGAUUGAAUUUCAUAUUUACUGUUUACUAUCCCAUACACAGGCAAUGCGCCAUUUCUUUCGAGCAUAAUGGGGAGAUUGCUGCCGCCGCUCUUGCAUACAAAUGCAUGGAAGUAGCAUAUAUGAGUGUAAUAUUCUCUAUGAGCUCCCAUAUACGUAGAGACAGACACGAAUUACAGGCAUCUCUUCAUUGUCAUCCAUUUGGCCAACAAUCAACUCCAUUGUCUGCUCUUGAUGUAACCAAUGUCUGUGAGGAUGGCAAACCCCCUGGGUCAGAAGUGAAGGGAGUCAAGCCGCUUUCCAGCAGAGCUACCUGUAGCGGCCUGCACCUCCUUAAUUAUGCUGAAUAUGUGAGUUCCGCGGUGGACGCUUUUCAGAGAUCACUCUCAGCAUUGAAAGCCGCUUGGUGGAAAUAUGGUGUGCAAGGAAUUGCAGCUGUGAAAACAGCACUUGAUUUUCACUUCCAUGACAUGGAUGGAUUCAUACGCCUGGUCCGUCUAGCAUUAGAGGAGAUCGACAUCUAACCGUCGAUCACGAAGAUAAAAAUGGAUGGGAAUCUCGGCAUUUGUGGAGAAAUUGUACAGCGGCCUACAUAUGUGAAUCCAAAAUUUGAAGCUCCAGCUAUAUUAGUAUGUAUAUAUGUGUAUGAAAGCGACCUCAGCAUUGAGUUGUUUUUCUUUUCUUUUCUUUGUUUUCAAAUACAUGGUGAAAGCCUGAAUACGUGUAAAUUGAUUUCUCAACUGUGAAGUGAUUCUUUGGCAUCAGUAAGAGAGACUCAAUUCCAAAAUGCUGCCGUUACAAAUAAUGUAUCUGUAUUGUACAGCAAUUCUUUAUGUAAGAAACGAAAAUUCAAGUUUCUCAUCAGAAAACAUACAGCCAGUUUUUUGUUUGAAGAGAAGUUAUGUAUCGAAUAUGUGGCCUUUAUUUUUGCAUAGUACUCAGUUUGUUUUAAAUUCUAACAAGUGGGGCUCAUGGUUUGGACCUUGUGUCCCUACCAUGACAAAAAUAUCCUUGAUAGAACCAUCUUAACCUUUUGAAUUUUGGGCUACAAAUAGUUAACAAAAGAAAUACAACAACACACAUGUGGGCCAAAAGAAAGAGGUGCACUCCAGUGGUACUGGUUCCAACCUAAGCUUACUGUGGUAGCAGGCAAAUGAGGGAGCUUUGUGAUGUAUGUAGGACAUCCAACCCACCCUCCAGAUGUCCAAGCUCAUGUUAAUUCCACAUAUAAAAAUGCAGCCUGAUCCAACGC